GCCCAGAUGAAUGAAUACCCCCGAACGCGGCCCACGACGCGGGUGGAAUUCGCCCACUGGCCGCGUUCAGAAGUCGGCGGAGGUCAUUCGCCCGCGACCUUCCGGCGAGCCCUAGCGACGACGACGGCGUGGGCGCAGUCUCAUCCCUGGCACGCGCCAACGUGGAAGGCGGGAGGAGUGGCCGAGGGGCGGCGGCGCCUUAGCUUCCGACCACCACCGCCGCCGCCGCCGUGGGAGUUGGAGGAAAACCUAUUAGCAAGCAUUAAUCGGAUACCAAGAUGCUGGGCUCCAGAUUCAUCGAGUUCGAACUGGAAUAUUCAAAAACCUGGAACCUUUCAGUCGGCGACGUCGUCCGCUCCGAUGAGAUCUUUGCCGGAGGGCACGUCUGGAAGAUAUACUGUUACCCACAUGGCACCAAGAAGGCCAACACAGGCAGAUACGUCUCCCUGUACCUACGGCUCGUCAGCAAAGCCAAAUGUGUCAAGGCCAUCUUUGAGGCUUCCCUGCUACGCAGAGGCGGCCCUGGGCGUGCAAAAAGAUGUACCAAGGUGUACCCACCUAAUGGCAUGAGCUCUAGGAGCAGGGGAUGGCAUGAGUUUGUAAGCCGAAGCGAUCUGGAGUCUGGUUCCGUCCGGAAAGGAUGCGUUACAUUUUUAUGUGGGAUCACGGUUCUGUGUGACAGCUCCAUUGCUGUGCCAGCCUCAGACAUAGAGAGCCAUCUUGGCGGUCUGCUGGAUCGUUCCGAGGGGACGGAUGUUUCAUUCUGCGUGAAAGGCGAGACGUUUCAUGCGCAUCGGGCAAUUCUCGCCGCGCGGUCACCGGUCUUCAAGGCGGAGCUCUUUGGCCCCAUGGCCGAGGCUACAAUGGCGUGUGUCACGCUGCAUGAAAUUGAACCCGUGGUGUUUAAAACCCUGCUUCGAUUCGUGUACACUGAUUCCCUGCCUGUAGACAGAGAGCUUGGGGACUCUGUCACUGAUAUGGUAAAGCAUCUGCUUGCUGCAUCGGAUCGGUAUGCAUUGGACCGGUUGAAGCUCGCAUGUGCUCAGAAGUUGUGGGAAGGUGUGUCGGCUGAUACGGUUGCGGAUGCUUUAGCUUGCGCUGAGAUAUACAAUUGCCAAGAGUUGAAGAGCAGGUGCAUUGACUUUGUUAUGGCAAAAGAUAAUUUCAAGAAGACUGUGUUGACUGAAAGUUUCAUUAGUUUGUUGCAUAAAUUCCCCUCUAUUCGUGCUGAGCUGAGAGCGAAGGUUGGGAGUUGAGACAUAGGUUAGUGGGAUGCAUCUCCACUUAUAUUUCAGCCGUCAAGGAUUGCUUUAGUACGGUUUUAUGAUAUUUUGGACUUAGUUUGGGGACUACUAUAUCAUAUGGGUGGUUGAUUUCAAACUGUUCCUUUUGCAGCACUGGAUUACACGAAAAAAAUUGUUGCCAAGUGAUACUGGCAAGUAAGGGGACAUGGAGGAAACCGUGGUACUAUUCAGAUACAGAGCUAUGGAUGUGCGCUGUCCUGGAGCUUUGUAGGCUACUUUCGGUUCCGCACCAUUUUGUCCUGGAUGCGCACACUGUCCUGAAGCUUGUUUUUGGAUGUCCAUAUGGUCCCUUAUAAACCAUCUCAAACUACUAUAAGUUUGGUUUUGCAAUGAAAAAGGUGCUGGGCGCCCGUGCUAAUUCUUCAGUUAAAAUGAGAGAAUUGCCAUGCCU